GCUUUAGCCGUUGUUUUUGAGUGUGACAAAAACCGGGCUUGAAAGCAAGGUAUAUAAAAAAAGCGAGUGUUGUUGUAUCCAUAUACUAGUUUUAUGGUUUAUGAGCCACACACUCGACACUGAGUUCAAAAGGCAGCAAUAUAUUUUAUUUUAUAUGCGACAUCGUACUCGUGGACGCAUACCAUGUUACCUCCCGUUCCUGUUCCUAUUGCUAUUGAUAUCAACGCUAUAAAAGAUAAGCUCUCCUUUCAGUUGCGACCUUUGCAACGUUCUUUCCAAUUCUGGGUUCGAGCCAUUGACAUUUACACCGGAUACAAGGUGUUUCAAGUGAGAGUCAAUUUCGUCAAAGAUGUGCAGAAGCAGGAAGCAAUGUGGGAACGACAGCACGAGCUUGCUGCCGAUAAGAUUUUUGCCUUGUGCUCUGAUCUCGGUGGUUUCUUCCUCAAGAUUGCCCAAAUUAUAGGGAAGCCUGAUUUGGCUCCGGCUGCAUGGGUGAAAAGACUUGUUACGCUGUGUGAUAGGGCUCCUCCUACCCCUUUUGAUGUGAUGAAACUAGUUUUGGAGAACGAGCUGGAACAGGGUAUUGAUGAUGUGUUCGAGAGGUUCGAUGUUGAACCCCUAGGUUCUGCUUCAAUUGCUCAGGUUCAUAGAGCAAGACUGAAAGGUGAUACAAGUGAUGUUGUCGUCAAGGUUCAACAUCCAGGAAUUCAGGAUCUGAUGAUGACAGAUAUCCAUAACUUGCAAGCGUUUGCACUGUACAUGCAAAAGACAGAUAUCAAAUUUGAUCUAUAUUCAGUGACUAAGGAGAUGGAAAAACAGAUUGGAUAUGAAUUUGAUUUCAUGAGGGAGGCUGAUGCGAUGGUAAAGAUAAGAAAGUUCUUGUAUGAGAAUAACAAAAAGACUCCUGUUUUGGUGCCACGAGUAAUACGAGAUAUGGUUACCAGGAGGGUCCUAGUCAUGGAAUAUAUUGAUGGGGUUCCAAUAAUGAACCUUGGUGAUGAAAUAGCAAAGAGAGGCAUAAAUCCUCGUGGUAAGGUUGCGGCAGCAGCAAAGCAGAAAAUUCUUCAAAGCUUGACUCUAGCAUAUGGUCAAAUGAUUUUAAAAAGUGGAUUCUUCCAUGCAGAUCCUCAUCCAGGGAACAUCCUGAUUUGUAAAGGAUCAGAGGUUGCCUUGCUAGACUACGGGCAGGUGAAGGAUCUCCCGGAACAGUUGAGGCUUGGCUAUGCUAAUCUAGUUCUUGCAAUUGCCAAUCGGGACCCAUUAAGAGCUGCAGAGAGCUAUAGGGAACUUGGUAUAGAAACCUUGAGCAGUUGUGAAAAUGGGCUACAAGAAUUGUUUAGACUAGCAGAGACAAUGUUUGAUACAAAAUUGCCUCCUGGGGUUGUAAUGCUGCAACCUUUCUCAGAUGAAUCUUCAAUUAAAAAAGUUGCUGUACAGUCCUUUCCAGAAGAACUUUUUUCUGUACUUCGGACAGUGCAUCUACUGAGGGGACUUAGCGUUGGACUUGGAAUCAAUUAUUCUUGUGCAGAACAGUGGAGGCCCUUUGCAGAAGAAGCUUUGUCCCAAGCUGGCAGAUUAAAAGAUAAGAGUGGUAAGAGCAGAGGCAGAUAAAAUAAUUUUUGAAGGGAUCAAAUAGGAAAAUCUAUCAAUCUAGUUCGUUGAUUGAUUGACUGGUCACUUCUGCGAAGUUGAAGAAAGGUAAAUUUAAACUAUCCCUCUUAUAUAAAGUAAACUAGUUUGACAUUGAUGGCACUCACAGUAAGAUUGUGGUGCCUCCUCAAGCAAGUAUUCUAUUGGAAUUUAAUGUUUCAGGAUUGUACACGUUUCAUAUAACAGUUGUUACAUUGCCAUUAUUGAAAGAUUAAGA